GCCGGCGCACAGCCUGAGCGGCUGUGGAGCAGCUGAAGAAAGGUGACGCCAGCCCCAGCGUAGAGCCCCCUGCAUCCCCUUGCUUGUCCCCAGCUCGUGCCGACCCUGGGCCAUCCUGCUAGCCGCUGGAUGCGCUGCACGCCGUCCCGCUACCCAGCGAGGUACCUGUGUCCCUUGGGUGCCUCUGUGCCCGGGGCUGCUCCCCCCUCCAGUAAACUCCGCAUCCCCCAGCCCCUCCACUCAUCUGUAUGGUACCGCUCUGGGAUCAGGGAGACAUCAUGUGCAGAACACCGGUGCCCCUCACGCAAGCUCAUGUCCACGUCACAUGCCCAGGCCUUGCCCUGCCCAAGGAGGGCCGGGCUCUGGGCAGGGAUGCCCAAGGCCAGGAGUCACUGGACAGUGCCCAUUGAGCACGCCAGGGGUGGCUGCCUGGAGGGAACAGCGAGCAGAUGGCAGGGCGGGCCGAGCUGACAAUCCCCUAAUCCCAUCAAGGCUGCGGGGGCUGAGCAGAGCCGAGCUGGGCCAUGGCGGGCACAGUGGCACAGCACCUCCUGCACCCGCUGCUUUUCCAGCUCUGCUGCGGUUGUCACGGGCUCCGCGUGUCCACGAGCACGCGUAUCCUCUACACGCUCCUGCACGUCCUGGCCUCUGCUGUGUGCUGCCUCAUGCUGUCCCGCACCGUGGCCCAGGCUAUCACGGAGAAGGUGCCCUUCUCAGUGGUGCUGUGCCAACACCUGCCCGGGGGCACAGACUGCGAGCAGCUCGUGGGCUCCUCGGCCGUGUACCGGGUCUGUUUUGGCACUGCCUGCUUCCACCUGGCACAGGCUGCCCUGCUGCUCAACGUGCGCUCCAGCUCUGACUGCCGUGCGCAGCUCCACAAUGGGUUCUGGCUCCUGAAGCUGCUGGUGCUGGUGGGCCUCUGGGCUGCAAGCUUCUUCAUCCCUGAGGACAACUUCAUCCAAGCCUGGCACUACACAGGUGUCUGUGGGGGCUUCGCCUUCAUCCUCAUCCAGCUGGUGCUGAUCACAGCCUUUGCACACACCUGGAACAAGAACUGGCUGACAGGAGCCGCGCAGGACAAGCGCUGGUAUCUGGCCGUGCUGCUGGCCACGGCCACCUUCUACACCCUUGCCUCUGCCGCCUUCUCCUUCCUCUACAAGUUCUACACCCACCCAGCCGCCUGCCACCUCAACAAAGCACUGCUUGCCAUCAAUGGCAGCCUCUGUGGCAUCAUGUCCUUCGUCUCCAUCACACCGUGUGUGCGGCUCAAGCAGCCGCGGUCAGGGCUGCUGCAGUCCUCAAUCAUCAGCUGCUAUGUGAUGUACCUCACCUUCUCUGCACUGUCCAGCCGCCCCCCAGAGAGAGUGCUGUACAAGGGGCAGAACCUCACUGUCUGCUUCCCGGGGGUCGGGCAGGAUGAGCUGCAGACAGAGGACACCACCGUCGCCGUGCUGGGCGCUGCUAUCAUGUACGCCUGCGUGCUCUUCGCAUGCAAUGAAGCCUCAUACCUCGCUGAGGUCUUUGGGCCCCUCUGGAUGGUCAAAGUCUACAGCUUUGAGUUUAAAAAACCUUCCUGUUGUUUCUGCUGCCCUGAGAAGAUGGAGGAGGAGCUGAGAGGAACCGACCAGACAUGUCAGCAAGUAGAAGAGAGUGCCAGAGGACAGUUCAUCAUCGAGGAUGAGCAGGACCGGGUGGUCUACAGCUACUCAGCUUUCCACUUUGUCUUCUUCCUUGCCUCGCUCUAUGUUAUGAUGACACUCACCAACUGGUUCAGCUAUGAGAACGCAGUGCUGGAGACCACCUUCACACACGGCAGCUGGUCAACCUUCUGGGUGAAGGUGUCCUCGUGCUGGGCUUGUGUCCUGCUCUACCUGUGGCUGCUGCUGAGCCCCUUCUGCCUCCAUGGCUCCCCACAGCACCAACGCAGCAGUACAGGGCCACGCAUCGUACGGCGCCGACGCGCUCCACAGCGCAUCAACGUCUCCACAUAGCCCCUGCCAGGACAAACUGUGCCCAGGGCUGGUCCCUGCCGUGCCCCGUGCCUGUGCCCCAGCCCUGCUUGGUCUUCCUGGCCUCCCCUGACCCCCUGUCCCAGGAGACAGCAGCACCUGAGAGCCUGAGGGGAACAUGGGAGGUGGAUGCCAGGGAUACUGGCCCCGUGCUGAGCCAGGGUCACCCAAAGGGCCAGAGCCAGCUGGUGGCAGGUGCUCAGCCUGCAGCCUGGUUGCCCUGGCCUCGCUGGGUGCACUGGGGGAGCAGGGCUCUGCCCUGGCUGCCACUGCCGUGGUGCAUUCACUGUAAAUACCUGCUUGAAUACAUUUUUAUAUAAAACUCU